UCUCCCAAAAUGGCAUCUACUGUCAAGGAUCAGCUGAUUUUGAAUGUCCUAAAGGAAGAACAGGUUCCCCAGAACAAGAUCACUGUUGUUGGGGUUGGUGCAGUUGGCAUGGCAUGUGCCAUCAGUAUUUUAACAAAGGAUUUGGCUGAUGAACUUGCCCUAGUUGAUGUAAUAGAAGACAAACUAAAGGGAGAGAUGAUGGAUCUCCAACAUGGCAGCCUUUUCCUCAAAACACCAAAGAUUGUUUCUGGCAAAGACUAUAGUGUGACUGCACACUCAAAACUGGUCAUUGUUACGGCUGGGGCACGUCAACAGGAGGGAGAAAGUCGUCUUAAUUUGGUCCAGCGUAAUGUGAAUAUCUUUAAAUUCGUCAUUCCCAAUAUUGUUAAAUACAGCCCUAGUUGCAAGCUGCUUAUUGUUUCCAAUCCAGUGGAUAUUUUAACAUAUGUGGCGUGGAAGCUAAGUGGCUUUCCUAAAAAUCGUGUUAUUGGAAGUGGUUGCAAUCUGGAUUCUGCCCGUUUCUGUUACCUAAUGUGGGAGAGACUUGGUGUCCAUUCUUCAAGUUGUCAUGGAUGGGUCCUUGGGGAACAUGGAGACUCCAGUGUUCCUGCAUGGAGUGGUGUCAAUGUUGCUGGUGUGUCUCUGAAGGGUCUUCAUCCUUCUUUGGGAAGUGAUGCUGAUUCAGAGAAUUGGAAAGAUGUUCAUAAACAGGUGGUUGAAAGUGCUUAUGAGGUGAUCAAGCUGAAGGGCUACACUUCCUGGGCCAUUGGCUUGUCUGUGGCGGAUCUGGCAGAAAGCAUUAUGAAGAAUCUUAGAAGAGUGCAUCCUAUUUCCACCAUGAUUAAGGGCCUAUAUGGCAUUAAUGAGGAUGUCUUUCUUAGUGUCCCAUGUAUCUUGGGGCAGAACGGCAUUUCAGAUGUGGUGAAGGUAAACCUGAAUCCAGAGGAGGAAAGCCAUUUAAAGAAGAGUGCAGAUACUCUUUGGGGAAUCCAGAAGGAGCUGCAAUUUUAAAACCUUUUAAUGUGCCGCCAUCAAGAGAGAACAGUCGUUGAGGGGUUAUGUAUGACGCACUUUUCAAAUAGGUCAAAUCUUUCCUCUGAUUAGUGAUUGAACACCAGAAAUGUAAAACCUGUGAACACACUCUAGUCUCUUCCUAAAGUUAGAAAUGGGGAAUAGUACAGUGUGA